AUGCAAAAACUCUCCCUAUCGACCUUCAAAGCUAACAAAUAUCUCACUCCCAAGAGCCUCGAACAGGUCCUCCAAAACAUCAACUGUCUAAACCGAAAUCUAGAAAGCGUCAUAACGGUCGGCAACGAAUUCUCCUCCGUAGAGGCGCUAUGGUCCCAAUUCGAGACGGUGAUGGGGAGCAGCAAUGAGAAUGAGAAUGAGCAUGAAAGUGAAAAUGCGCUACAUGACGGUGGCGGCGACGGUGGCGGGAACCACGACAACAACCAUAAUGACGAGCAUGGAGAUGAAUAUGGUGAGAGGUGUCAUGGGGAUGGGGAUGGUGAUGGUGAGGAUGGCAAUAGGACAUGA